AACGUUGUGACACGAUUUCAGUCUGUGUCAUUAUUUACAGGAUACAUUCGUUGGUGUUUCACGAUGGUUCCGUAUUUACCUGAGAGGUGCAUACAACAGUUUGGGUAUACUCAACACAUUCCUCCUACACCACCGAUGCUUGUUGCACGUGAUGUCGACGUUGAAUGGAGUAUGUACCGGAAUUCUGUACGAUCACUUCGAGCUAGAUUGCAUCCAGCUGCAUAUCCACAUGAGUGUGUUGAGGGAUACAUCCAGUGGUAUUAUAGGAUAUCUCAUCCUCGGAUGAUCCCUUAUGUUGCUGCAUAUGCUGGUCCUAGUUAUGAUGCUGAUGCUGGUCCUAGUCAUGAUGCUGAUGCUGGUCCUAGUCAUGAUGCUGGUCCCGAUACUAGUUGUACACGGUGUCACGCAGUUGGUGGUCUUAUAUAGCAGAGUUUAGAUUUGCAUAUGGGUGGUCCUGAAGAUGAGAUGCGUGUCUUAUUGGAGAGAGCUUUAUAUAUUUCUAGAGGAGGAGAUUAUCAGUAGUAUCAUAGUUGUAUUAUUCAGACUUAUUUUAUUAUUCGUGGGUUAUUUGUUAUUCAGACUUAUUGUAUUAGCGACUUAUUCAGACUUAUUUAUUAGCGAUUUAUAUA